AUGCCCCUGGAGAACGCUUACAAAGCCAAGAAGGAUGAGCUUGCAUACCUUAGACAGAUUACUUCACUGACCGAUACGUUAAAGUCACAACUCGAAGAGUUAUCAUGUCAGGUGGAACAGAUGCACAAUAACGCUGAAUGCAUAGCUGGUGUUAUGAAAAAUUGGGACUCUAUUCUGAAUUCAAUAUCACAAGCUUCUUUGUCCUUGCUGCAGUAUACGGAAAAUGAUUAUGAGGUGGGUGUAUGGGAUACUACUAAAAGCGCUGCUGCUAACAAGGAGGCACCAUUGCCAGAAACACUAGUGAGGAUAAAUGUGGCAAACGAAGACCAGCAAUAA